CUAUGGAUAAUGAUAAACGAAGUAAUAGCAACACUCACAAAGCUAAUGAUACAAAUCGUAAUGAAAAUGGUGUGGACGCAGGUGGUACUAGUUCUGGACAAGGACGUCAUCAAUCAAGUUCUCAUAACCCUUUAAAUAAUACCCAGUAUUUGGUCGAUUCUGAUGAUGAAGACUAUGCAGACUACACUUUUCGUUCAGAUUCUCCUCUCGAAUUACUUGACAAGAAAGACUUUCACAAUCAAAAUAGUGAUAGAAUUCCCUUAAUUCCGACAGAUUUUACUUCAAUUCACGAGGCAAUUCAGAAUUUUACGGCUGUUUUUCAAUCGAGAUAUGGUGCUCAACAUCCCCCGUUUUUUGAUGGCCCGUUGCAAAAAGCAAUUACUGAGGCAUUUGACAAUCCAAAUAUUGAAGAACGUCGUCCAUUGGUUUUAUACCUGCAUCAUGAUGAUUCUGUUGCUGCUCAUAUUUUUCCUCAGAAUGUGUUGUGCUCGGUUGAAAUUAGUAAUUUGCUUAAAUGUCAAUUUCUUGUUUGGGCAUGGGAUGUUACUCAAGAACAGAACCGCAAGACUCUUUUUGACUGGAUGAAUUUGGCUAACUUAGGGAAUCUUGUUGAAAUUCUUAAAGUAUCAAGCAUGUCUGGAAAAUAUCCGCUUUUGAUUAUUCUAUGCAAAGAUCGGAGUUCCUUUCAACAGAACACUUUUAUUUACGGUCAAGAAGAUGUGGCAAGUGCCAUGCAGAAACUUAUGAUCGGUCUAGACCAAUACCAAGGAAUUCGGCAUCAAAACCAAGAAGAGGAACGUGGACGACUUGAAAGGGAAUUAUUUCGACAAGAACAGGCACAGGAAUAUGAACGUAGUUUGGCUUUAGACAAAGCAAAACAGCAAGAAUUACAUGAACAAAAGACGAAAGAAAGGGAAGCUGAAGAAAAGAAUCUUCGAUUGCUAGCAAAGAAACAAAGUCGACUUAAUGAACUUGCCAUGAUUUUGCCACCUGAGCCAGAAGAAUCUGAUCCUAAGGCAAUUUCUAUUCGUUUUCGUUGUCCAAAUGGAGAAAUGAAAAUGAGACGAUUUUCUCGUGAUGAAAGUGUGGAAAUGUUAAUUAUUUAUGCUGAAUCAAUUGGUUUUGAGAGGACUCAUUUUCGUUUGUGGAAUUCUGACAGACCGAAAAAAGAGGUUUCAAGUAUGAACACAUCAAAAACUUUUGAAGAAUUGCGUUGGCCAAAAAGGGAAAAUAUAACAAUUGAAGAGAUGUAA